AUGAUGCCUGAUGUGGACUCCAACGAUGCCUCCAACAGCAUCUCCAAUGACGAUGAUGCCCCAUUACAGAAGGAUUUGAUGAAGAUUAGUCAGACUGAACUGGAUCGAGCCAUGGAGAUCAAGGCUGCUUUUCAGAAUGAUGGACGUCUGAGAGAGAUACCAUCCGACUUCAUGUGUGUUCAGUAUGCAUUAUGCAGUGCUGAUGAAAGUCUGGCACAAGUUUGUGAACGAGCCUACCCAGUGCAGUGUUUUCAAGAAGAGUACAAGAUUGCAGACACCCUCGAAGAAGGCAUUGAUUUUCCACCAAUAUACGUUACAGCACCCUGGAGCAUUUCUGCAAUGGAAUAUCUACUGAACAGCAAAGCUAUUUUGCUGUCAUGGAUUCUGCAGCUUUCUUUCCUUCAGUAA